CGACGAUCGACGCGGCGGCGCGAUCGACGCGCGGCGCGGCGCGGCGCGGCGCGGCGCGAAAACCAGCGUCCGUCGCGUCGUCCGGACCGCGCUCGACGACGCGACGGAGGCGCGGCGACGGGCGCGAGCGACGAUGCGGGACGACGACGCGAUGGGCGCGACGCGACUCGCGGACGCGCUCGCGGACGCGGUCGAGGACGCGAGCGCGAGAAACGCGGGCGGGGGGGGGGGACGCGCGGGACGCGCGCGCGCGAAGACGAAUGGGAAGAGCGCGCGACCGAGGUUGAACGACGCGGGCGCGCACUUGAGAGUGCUGCUGGCGACGGACGACGCGCACACGCGAAAGAUGGUGGAAUCGAUGCUGCGCGAGCUCGGGGUGGAGGUGGUGGCGGCGACGAAUGGGAACGAAGUCUUGGACGUCUUGCGGGGGGCGCCGAAGAGCGCGAGGGAGGACACGUCGGUGGAUAUGAUUUUGCUCGACGUGUUGAUGCCCGAACUCGACGGGGAAGUCGAACUGGUGGAGGCGUGUAAGGCGAACGAAACCCUGCGCGGGGUGCCGAUCGUCAUCAUGUCCACCGUGGACGAGCGCAAGGCGUGCAAGACGCGAUUUGAAAAUUCGGGCGCCGCCGGUUUCUUGACGAAACCGGUGAACCGCAUCGAGUUGAAGGAGAGCUUGGCGCACACGCGGGCGUUAAAAAGCCACGAAAGUGGUAGCGUUGAAGGUGAGGGUUCGGGUUCGGGGAACUGCAUGGAUCCAAACGACAACGUCGGCGGGAGCGCAAAGUCGUCGCUCACCAAGCUCACGAGCAGGGAAAAAGUCGCGGGGGGCUCGGGCGGUGGGCAAAACGAUUCGGGGAGCGAUAAUCAAUACAACGAAAAACCGCUCACGAGACGCGCCGAAGCCGAAGCGAUCGAUCGAUGGGCCAGUCGCGAGGGUGGGUCGGGAGACUGCGGCUCGGGCGGCUCGGGUCAAGGCACGGGAAGCGGUAGCGGCUCCCACGAAGGCUCGGGGUCGGGCCAGCGUGAUCCAAACGACGGCGAAAAGUUCCGCGGCUUGAGCGUGCAACUCAUCAAGGCGCACGGUGGGGCAACGACUAUGCUCGAACUCUCUUUACCAGAGCACGCGUCUGAGCACGUCGUCGUUCGACGAUCAAACUCGCGUUCGGCGUUCAAGGGGUUUCAAAACUACCUUAAGAACGAAAACAAGGAUACCGCGGUGCAAAUGAUGAGCGUUGACUUGACGCAGCAGCAUCACUCGUUUUAUGAAGCGUCUUCCAUGAUGCCACCGUCAGAUUUCGCCAAAUUUUACGGACCGAUUAUGCCGAAGAUGGAAAUGCCCGUGCCGCCGCCGAUGCCGCCGUACGCCGAUAUGAACCAAUUCUCCGCCGCCGCCGCCGCCGCCGCCGCGGUGGCGGCGUCUUCGGUCGACGCUUCAGUGAUGGAUCAAUCGUAUAUGGCGAAUCCGUUUUUCAACGUUUUACAAACUGCGGCCGAUCACACCCAGCAGACGAGCUCGAGCCAAGCCGCCGAGCAUCGCGCCGCGGCGAUUCGACGCUUUUUGAAGAAGCGCAAGGAAAGGAACUUCGAAAAGAAAGUUCUUUACCCUUCGCGACAAAAGCUCUCGGAAUCCCGUCCUCGCGUUCGCGGACAGUUCACUCGAAACAACGAUGAAACGACGACGACGACGACGACGACUGAAAACGUCUCAAACGGAUCGGACAACAAACCAAAGUCGAACGAAACCAACGCGAGCGAGGCGAACAAGGUCGGCGAAGUCGAAGGCAAGGGAGUGGACGAGUACGGUCACGGCUCGAACGAAGGUUCGAACGAAGGUUCGAAAGAAGGCUCCCGAAGUUCUUCCGGCGCCGAAGGCGAAGGCUCCAAGUAAAGGACACAAUUUUCUCAAUACGUCUCAAGAUAACAGAUUAAUUGUACCACACACCACACACCACCUUCCACUGGACAAUUUCACAUUGGCGAGAUUCUACUUUUUAAUAAUAUGUACGAGUACACAAGCU